AUGUCGACUGGUGCCCAAUUAUGGGCAUUGGCCGCGAAGGACUUGCGGAUAACGGCGCGGAGUAAGAAACGAUGCUGUUGCGAGAUCCUGGUGCCUUGUUUUGUGUUGCCAAUCAUAAUUGGAGGGUUAAUUGCGUCACAGAACUUUGAUAAGCUCAUUCAACCGAAUUCAGUUACAUUGGAUUUGUCGUUGGAUGGGCUGGAUCAAGUGGAAGUGAAGUAAGUGUAAAGAGACACAAUCGAUUUUUUGUGAAAAAUAGUAAAGCAUGAGGCAUUAAAAAGCCCUUUAUUAUGGCUUUGAACACUUUUUGGGUGCGAAUUUACCGAGUUGGGCACAAAAACGGAAUGCCAAAAUUGGCGGGAGUUUUGAAGUUGGAAAUUAAAAAAUUUUUGCUGUAAAAAGUGUUUCACAAAGUUUAUAAUGAAAUUAAAACACGAUUUCUGAGUCAGUGAAUCAGCCGCCAGUUAGGCCUGGACAUAGGAAAAAAUCGAUUUCGAGUUUUUGAUUUUAAAAUGACCGCAGGCAUCCAGUAAACAUAUUCCUGAAAUAUUUUUGCCUAAUUCUCUCAGUAACCUACUGUAAUUUACAAUUUAAUGUUUUUACAGUAAUCAACCAUUACUGGACAACUAAGCAUCGGAAUCGGCUGAAAUUGAGAAUACUGAUGUUUUCGAGCAUGCUCGUCAUAAUAGACACAGAAUUUCGGCAUACAGGUUACUGUAACAUACCGCAAUAUAGGUUCGGCCGCACAAAAUCGGCCAUAAAAAAUUUGUUUCUGAAAACCCGCAGCUGAUUUUUACAUAUGUUGAUCAGCGUAAAAUUCUGCCCUAGAAACAUUUAAAAAAAAUUUAAAAAAUCAUGCCCCGAUUUUCGUGGUGUAGUGGAUUUUGGCCGAGUUUAGUAAUCCGAAGGUCGCGGGUUCGAUCCCCGUGGAACAAAAAUCUGUAAAACCCCACAAAACUUCAAAAAAUCGUGUCGAGGGGAAUUGCUAAUAUACAUGCAGAGUGCCAAAAUCUGUAUCAUGGGUUAUUCGCAAAUUACAAGGCGUUUUUCGGAGUUAAAAUUAUUAUUCUGGUCUUCGUGGAUUCUGGCCCAAAUUUAGUUAAGAAAAAUGGCUAAAAAUUAUAGUAUAUACGUUUUCUUGCCUUCUGAGUUCAAUGGACCCAUUUUUCGACCCUAGGAUUACUGUAACAUGGCGAAAACGGAUUUCGGCCGCGAAAAUCGGCCGUAAAACCGUUCAUUGCGAGUAUACGCAGCUAAUUCUUCGAUUUUUCGAAUCAGCAUGAAAUUCCACACUAGCGGCACUCAAAGUUGGCUUUCUCCGUUAAACACUUUUUUCAAUAUGGUGAAUUACUUUCAAAUUUGAAAAUUGUAAAUAAAACUACAUUAGUUCUUGAUUAAGCCAAAAAUACUUCAAAUCUGAAUUUAAACGAUGGAUCCACACAUUUAUAGUCCAAAAACCCAUUUCAACCAAAAAAUUUGUAUGUAAUAUUCAGCGCAAAAUUUCUGCAAAGUUAAAAUGGUCAGCUAAGACAUAUUAUAUAAUGAUUCUGGGGCAAAAUUUCACGCUGAUUCGAAAAAUCGAAGAAUUAGCUGCGUAUACUCGCAAUGAACGGUUUUACGGCCGAUUUUCGCGGCCGAAAUCCGUUUUCGCCAUGUUACAGUAAUCCUAGGGUCGAAAAAUUGGGUCCAUUGAACUCAGAAGGCAAGAAAACGUAUAUACUAUAAUUUUUAGCCAUUUUUCUUAACUAAAUUUGGGCCAGAAUCCACGAAGACCAAAAUAAUAAUUUUAACUCCGAAAAAUGCCUUGUAAUUUGCGAAUAACCCAUGAUACAGAUUUUGGCACUCUGCAUGUAUAUUAGCAAUUCCCCUCGACACGAUUUUUUGAAGUUUUGUGGGGUUUUACAGAUUUUUGUUCCACGGGGAUCGAACCCGCGACCUUCGGAUUACUAAACUUGGCCAAAAUCCACUACACCACGAAAAUCGGGGCAUGACUUUUUAAACUUUUUUUAAAUGUUUCUAGGGCAGAAUUUUACGCUGAUCAACAUAUGUAAAAAUCAGCUGCGGGUUUUCAGAAACAAAUUUUUUAUGGCCGAUUUUGUGCGGCCGAACCUAUAUUGCGGUAUGUUACAGUAACCUGUAUGUCGAAAUUCUGUGUCUAUUAUGACGAGCAUGCUCGGAAACAUCAGUAUUCUCCAUUUCAGCCGAUUCCGAUGCUUAAUUGUCUAGUAAUGGUCGAUUACUGUAAAAACAUUAAAUUGUAAAUUACAGUAGGUUAAUGAGAAAAUUAGGCAAAAAUAUUUCAGGAAUAUGUUUACUGGAUGCCUGCGGUCAUUUUAAAAUCAAAAACUCAAAAUCGAUUUUUUCCUAUGUCCACGGCUGAUUCAGUGACUCAGAAAUCGUGUUUUAAAUUUUUUUUAUUAGUGUUACAAAAUUUUUUAGGGCAUGAAACAGAAUGCCAAAAUUAGCGGGAAGUUUUGAAUUUUCGAAAAAUUUUUUUUUGAAUCAAAAUUGUAGUGUUUUGAGGCGCUUUACAACAAUAAUUCAGUUUUUCUAUGUUAUUGACGAUAAUCUCAACCCUUAAAACAGAAUGCCAAAAUUGGCGCAGUUUUGUAAUUUGAAAAUUUUUCAUUCUGCUUGGCAAAAAUCGCGUCUUACAAGUCUUGAUUUUAGUAUUUUACAUUUUUCAGCCACCUAAAUGACAGCGAUUUUCAACUCCUCCAAGAGGCGGCCAACCAAUUGGGGCUGCAUUUCAAAGACCGGCCAUAUCCGGAGAACGACCAUUCCGAAGCCAUUCAUUUCGAAAAGUUCUCCAUCGACAAAAAAGAAUUUGUCUAUUAUUUCACGGAGAAUCGGCCACACAGCAGUUUCUCGUACAUAAAUUAUAACUUUGCUACCGGCUGGAUGGCCAACAACCCGUUUGAGUCGGAUAUUCUGAAUGAUUUGACGAAUGUAACAAGAUACCUCGAGCAUAUCUAUUUACGAAGGCAGAUGACCAUUGACAAGAUUUUGAUGAUCGCGUCAAAGAUGCAAUUUCCUGCGGAAUUCAGCAAAGUGAGUUUUGUAAAAUACGGUUUUUAUAAAUGCGUCUUUUAGAGAUCUACUUUAAAGAUAUUUCUAAUAUUUUUGUAGCUGAUAUCAUCGCAUAUCCCUCAGCACUCCUACAACUUCUCUGUUCUGGCAUUCCUUUUGCCCUACUUAUUUGUGGGCCUUGUCCUUUGCUCCCUCAUUCCAAUGGCCAUGGUGAUCAAAGACUUGAUUGCAGAGACGGAAAGUGAAAUCAAAGUGAGUAAACUGUAAUCGGAUGUAUAUAUUUUCUGUGGAAAUUUUCAGACCUACCUUCUCGUCAUGGGAAUGGGCCGGUUCAGUUUCUACAUCUCCCAUUAUCUCUUUGGCCUAAUAAAAAUGCUGAUCAUCAUGUUCAUCAUUGUCCUGCCAUUAGCUAUCGGUCUGAAAGUAAGUUUCAACUACAUGGCCUUCACUUCUACAUAUAAAACUUAUAUAUGGCUCGGGACUUCUAAAUCUCUCCGCAAGAGUCCAUCCGAACCCUGGAAAUUUAGUCCAAAGUUAAAAGUUGACAAAAAAGGAGGAGACGACAGAGAAAGGCAGAAAUUCUUACAAAGAGAGAGAUUGCGCAAUGUUAUGUCAGAUUGCGCAACUUUUAACUUUGUACUAAAUUUGCAGGGUUCGGAUGGACUCUUGCGGAGAGAUUUAGAAGUCCCGAGCCAUAUAUCUAUAUAGCCAUCGUCUACAAAAAACAUCAUUUUCAGCCAGUUCUCGGGAUCAUCCUUGUCUUUCUCACCUUUAUUUAUGUGACUGUUUGCGUGGCAUUUGCACUUCUUUGCGGAACAGUUUUCCACCGGCCAGCCUUAGCUAUUACUGUCAAUUUGUUGGCCUGGAUUGGCUCGGCCGCUUUGGCAUUCGUCUUGGCCACAAACACUCUGGAAGUUGGACUCAUGUGCGUCUACUCGCUGAAUCCGUUAAGCGCGUUGAAAAUGGCCAUCAACGACUUGGAGAUGUUCCAGAGAUACGGUAGGAGAAAUGAUGACUAUUGUUUAUAUCUUGGUAUCUUUUCAGACACGCCAGUAACUGUCUUUGAGCGUUUCACAUAUCAAUAUACCUUCCUUCACGGAGCCAUCUUCUUGUUUGUGGAUGCAAUACUUAUUAUUGUUGUGACUCAAAUCCUUGAUCUUAUCCUUCCAUCUGCUGGAUAUCCGGGGGUCGAUUUCUUAUCCAUCUUCAAGCAGGCUAAGAAUAGAAGAAAGCGAGUUGGCGAUUUCAAGCAUGAAGAGUCUUUGAAGCUACAAGAUGGGGAUUUUGAGCCAGUCAGUCAGAAGACCAGCACUCCCGAUGUUGAAGUAGGUUUGGAGAUGAUUUUGGAUCGAUUUUUAUUUUCUUAGCCAUCGUUUCAAGCGCUUUCGUCGCUGAAAUAGUUACAAAAAAAGAUAAAUGCUAUAGUCUACAUGAAAAACUUCUUUUAGGUCAUAAAUCUUCGAAAACGCUGGGGUUACGGCGAUUACGCGGUAAACGGGACUAGUUUCCAAGCAUUCCGCGGCGAUAUCACCGCUCUUCUCGGCCACAACGGAGCAGGAAAGUCGACUACAUUCAGCUGUCUCACAGGUUACACCUCUCCAACAUCCGGCGAUGUAAAAGUAAGUCGAUUCUUGGUGGGUUUUAUAUUGCCAUUGACAUCAAUGUCAUGUGCAAUAUAAAACUUAUAUAAUUAAUAGGGAAAUGUACCGGUAACAUCAAAUAUGAUGCAAUUCUAGGUGUGUGGGAUGCUGAUCGACGACGAUCUAAGCGAAAUUCGAAAGAACAUUGGCUACUGCCCUCAGGGCAACCCGUUGUUUGAUCGCCUCAGUUGCUUGGAACAUCUGAGAUUGGCCGCAAAAUUGAGAGGUUCUUAUCAUGGCGAUGAAGAUUGUCGUCACGUGCUACAGCAAGUGGGACUUGGCGAUGCUGAAAGUGUGGUAAGGGUGGACAAUUUUCCUCUUUUUUGCUCAUUUUUGGAAACCUUUAGAAAAAUCAUUUUUGAUGUCAAGUAUAAUAUAAAAAAUGACUAUACAAUAUUUUUAGCUAGCUGAAGAGUUGAGUGGCGGUAUGAAACGAAAAUUGUGUGUUGCUAUGGCGUUGGUGGGAAAGAGUCAAGUCGUUUUGUUGGACGAACCGACUGCUGGAAUGGAUCCAACCGCUCGAAGGCAGAUCGGAGAUAUCUUGGAGAAAUUCAAGCAUGAAAGGUAGGGAUUUUACAUCGCUAAUGAAUUAAUAAUAUUAUAAUUACCUUAGCGGUAAAUAUGGUAUGAAUUUUUGAUUGAAUAAGUGGUUUGAAAGUUCCGAAAAUUUGAAUUUUUUCAAUUUUGGCAUUCUGUUUUAGAUCCUCAAAAAAAACAUUUUGAAAUGUAAAUUGAUAGAAAAAACACUUGUAAAAUACGCUGCGGACAAAUGUAAAUUUCUUUUUUUCAUUUUGGCAAAAAAGUUUCAAAAUUCAAAUUUCCCGCCUUUUUUUGGCAUUCUGUCUCAGGACUCCGAAAUGCUCAAGAAUCAAAAAUCAAGUGUCUAAAAGUGUUUUAAAAUACGUUUUUUCUCUUCCAGAACGAUUAUUUUGACCACCCACUACAUGGACGAAGCGGACAUGCUCUCAGAUCGGAUAUUAAUCAUGGUCAAAGGGAAGGUCACCUGCGCCGGCUCCUCCACAUUCCUCAAAAACCGCUUUGGCACCGGCUUCUUGCUCACAAUCACUCUCCGACAAGGGGUGGAGCCGAUCGCCGGAGCCAAUCAGGUCCUCGAGCUGGUCCGCCGAACAAUUCCCACCGCCAAAAUGGACGGAAGCCCGGCGGCGCAAUUUACGCUGAAUUUACCGUACGAAAGCAAAGCGCGCUUUGUGGAAUUAUUCGCAUUCUUGGAGAAGGAGCGAAACAAUUUGGGAAUAGACUCUUUUGGGCUGUCAGUGAAUACUUUGGAGCAAGUUUUCAUCAAAGUUGGGGAGAAGGCGGAGAAGAGCAGUAGUCGACAAUUGGCCGAGAAAAUUGCGGAGAAUGCGUUGAAAGUGGAACGACAGGAUUGUAAGGAUCGAUUUUUGUUUACAUUUCUUGGGGACUGAGACCAAAUUUGACCGGUCAGAUAUUGAAAAAGUGACCGGGGAAACGACUAGUUUAACUGGUUCAAAAAAUCGUCAAAUUCAAAAAAAAAUUUUUUUUGAUCGAAACUGAAAUUCGACAGGUCAAAUAACCAAAUUAAUUGGUCAAAUUGCCAUUUAGAUGGGUUGAAAAAUUUGAAAAAUCAGAUAGACUUGAAAAAAAAUUACUUUUUUUUACCGUCAAAUUGAAAAAAUGACCCGUCAACUUGCCCAAUAUAACCGGUCAGAUUGGUCAUCUUGCCCAAUACGACCAGUCAGAUUGGUCAUCUUGUCCAAUCAAAUUUACUUGACUAUAAUUCUCUUUUUAUUCAGUCCAUCGACACCCGAAUUUUUUCAAACAAUCAAUUGCCCUAAUGUGGAGAAAUUACUUGUACAUGUAUCGGCACUUGCUCAGAUCGAUCGUCCCAUUCUUUGUUUGUCUGGUGUGCUUCCUCUUUUUGUAUAUUAAACAAAAAGAUGAGCCAAAAAGUGCCGUCAAUUUUGACACUCAAGGUAAGGAGCUUUGGGAUUUUCUGUUUUUUUUUUAGUUUUACAGGGGAAGUACCCCAAGUGUGACUCUCAGAUUUUCUUAAAAUUUUGCACACAUAUCGGGAAUAGAUUAAAUAUCAAUUCCUGAAAGUGUUGGCUCGCGCUUUGCAGGCGCCGCCGAGAUAUUAAACGAUUUUUGCCGCCGAGAGAGUACGCAAAACAUGGAAAGCGGUCAGAGAGAAAAACACUUUUUGGCCAUAACUUCGGUAGUUUCGCGCGGAAAAAAUUGAUUUUUUGUGGAAAUAUUACCCUUUACGGCCGAAAUAGGUAUAAAAUUUUCGUGCCAAAUUUCGGCAAAAAUUGUCAAAUUUUCGCCAACUUUCGACCUAAAAAUCUCGGUGGUUUCUGCAAAGCGCGAGCUAGGAUUCUCGCACAAGCCUUAGAAAAAAAUAUUGUAAAUUUGUCACAAGCUUCAUCAAAAUCUGAGCGUCGCAUUUGGAGUACUUCCCCUGUUAGAUUUAAAAAUUUUUUUCAAUUUUUUUUACAAUUAAAAAUUUUUUUUUAUUUUUUAAAAAUUGUAAAAAUAAGUUUAAAUCGAAAUUUUUGAAAAAAUAAAAUAAUUUUUUUUACAAAAUAAUGCUAAAAAAUAUCAAAACAUUUCAGAAAAAGUCGUUCUCCAAACCUUGGAAUCCAUCCCGCAUUCGCAUCUCCUCUCUUCCGCCAAAUAUUUCGACAGUAUCAGCAAACUGGCCAAGGAGAAAAUUGAGCAAUGUUCGGUGGACAGGAUGGAAUAUGACGCCGAGAAACUGAAAUCACAGCAAUUUAGAAUCCCUCCGAAUGCGUUGGGAAUUUUCGAACAGGGCUCGACAUUGUACUUGAUGGGAAGCCCAUUUCUGCACAAUAGUUUGAUGUUGGCCAUCAAUUUAUUCAGCAAUUUGGUGUUCGGAAAUGGAAAGGAUAGUAAGUUAAAAAAAAUUUUAUUUUUUUUUUAUUUUUUGGGAAAUCUAAAAAAUGAAAAAAUCGAUUUUUUUAUUUUUUUUAUUUUUUUGGGAAAUUUAAAAAAAUGAAAAAAUUGAUUUUUUUAAUUUUUUUUUAUUUUUUUUUCUUUGGAAGUUUUAAAAAUGAAAAAAUUGAUUUUUUUAAUGUUUUUUUAUUUUUUUGGAAAUUUAAAAAUGAAAAAAUUGAUUUUUUUAAUUUUUUUUAAUUAAAAAAAAAUUAUUUUUUUUUGCAUUUUAAUAAAAAAAUUUAAUUUUUCUCUUAUUUUUAGCUAAUAUCCAAGUCGGAUUUAUGGGAAAUUCGACCGAUUUUUCGUUCAACAUCGGAAUCUUCUUCAACGGAGUUAUGAACAGCGUCUUCAAUGCAUUCGGAUUGACGUUUGGUUUGGCCAUGUUGCUCUCUACUAUUAUUAGUGAAAGAAAGAAGAAGUUCAAACAUCAGGUAAGAGAAUUUUGAAUUUCUUUUGGACAAAAAUUGAAAAAAAAGUAUUUUUGACUUUUUUGAUUUAUUUUUUUUUGUGUGUUAAAAUAAAAUAUUUGUCGUAAAAAAUGCUUAAAAUCAGUUUUUUGUGGUGAUUUAUUAAAUUAUUUUUUGAAUUCCCGCCAUUUAAGAAAAUCUUGGCAUUCUGUUCUAAGGUUUGGAAAUGCCCAUAAAUGGGGCAAAAGUAGAUAAAAAAUAACUUUGAAGGCUUGAUAAGACAUACUCUCCCAUUUGGCCCAUGGAUUACUCUUUUUUUACAUGAAUUUUCACAAUUUUUAUCUUUGUCAUGAUUAAUAUACCAAAAUUUCGUUUUGGUAUCUACAUCAAUAUAAGUGAUGUCAAAGCACUUGAUAAGACUUUUAAAUCACCAAAAGUUCCAUUUUACUUUUUUUCAAAUUCCAAAAAUUUUUUAUUUCAGCUUUACUUGGCGUCAGCUCGACCUUAUACCUACUGGAUUUCCCAAUUCCUCACCGAUCUCUCCUACUUCGCAGUCUUGGCCAUUUUCGUUUUCGGCCUGAGUUUCUGGGCCUCUGAGCCCAACUUUGCAUGCACUUUGGGAAUCGUCCCGAUUUGGAUCUUGUACUUUACGGCCAGCUCUUUGGCCAGCUACGUGAUGAGUUUCGCAUUCGAAUCACCGACGAAAGGAACCGUUUUUAUCUUGGCAUUCCACACGAUCAUUCCGAUGGUCUUAUUUAUUGCGUUUUCGAUCGCAGUGGGAGUUAUUUCAUUCGUUUUGAAACAAGAUCCGAGCGAUUAUUUUCAGUUUGGACUGGUAAGUGAAAAAAUAAAAAAAUUUUAUUUCCAAGCCUAAAGUGGUGAUAAAUAUCAGCAACCUUGUACCUAUAAUAUUUUAUAGUUCUUCCUCGACAUCCUCUUCCCCGCCGUUGGGCUUUUCCGCUCUCAAAACACUUGCACCAUUGAAUGCGACAAGUCCAAAAAAGGCACCGACUUCGCUACCAUCUACAACAGCAGGGACCUGUUCACACCGUCGAAGGAAAAAGAUUUCUGGUCAAUUGCGCCGAAGGUUUCGCUGGUUGCGCUCGGUUUGAGCAUCCUAUUUUACUUGGCUUGGCUGAUUUUGAUUGAAAGCAAAGUCAUCGGAAGAAUCGUGCAUAAACUGCACAUCAAAAAGUUUGUCAGUGUAAGUUUAUUUUUUUCAAAUAUGCAAACACCCUAAAAAAGAAAUCUAAAAUGUUCUGAAACUAAGAAUUCUUUUUGAAAUUUCAUUUUCCCGCCAAUUUUUUAAAUCAUGGCAUUCUGUUGCAAGGUCUGAUUCUAGCUUACAGUUUUAAGUAGUCACGUUAAAACAUGGGUAAACAAAAAUGGUGUUGGUUUGACCGAAAAAACGGAAAAUUUUAACUUCCCGCCAAAUUUAUUCAAAUUUUGGCAUUCUGUUGCAAUCGCUCAAAAUGAUCAAUAAUGCAAGAUUUAGAAGUCAUACAGCCUUAAACGUCAAAAUCCCAAACCAUUUUGUCGGUGUUACUCUUUAAAAUUUUAAAUUUCGCGCCAAUUUUGAAAAUCUUGGCAUUAUGUUGCAAUCGCCAAAAACCUUCCAUAAAGCAAGGUCUAAUAGUCCUAAGGGUAUGUAAGCCUGAUAAAUCAAUUUCUCGCUGUUUUGGCGUUGUGAUUUAUUUUAAAUUUCAAAUUUCCCGCUAAUUUUGAAAAUCUUGGCAUUUUGUUGCAGCUAAUCAAAUUUUUUAUAUAUCCAUUUAUAAACUAAAUUUUUGCAUUUCAGUACCUUCGCCGACCAUUGGACGAAGAUUACGAUGUUGCGCAAGAACGUGAGAGAGUAUCCGCCUUGGGGGAUUAUCAACAAUCUUUGGCCGUCCGAAGCCUCUUCAAAUUUUAUUCCGAAUCCAAAUGCGCCGUUCAAGAUCUCACCUUUGGGAUGGCACCCAACGAGUGUUUUGGACUUUUGGGUAGGACUUCUUUUUAAAUUUUUUAAAAUUAAAACUAAAAAAAAUGUUUUAUUUUUCAGGAGUAAAUGGUGCCGGUAAAACAACAACAUUCGACAUGCUGACCAAUCAAAUCUAUCCCUCCAGCGGAACAGCGACAAUUCUCGGAAUUCCCAUUCAACAGACCCCUCCUAUCGGGUAUUGCCCUCAAUUUGAUGCGCUUUCUGGAAGUUUAACCGGCCGCGAAACUUUGCAACUGCUCGGUAGACUGAACGGAUUCGAAAAUGUGGAUGAGCGAGUCAGAUUGGUGUUGGAAUGCGUGAUGAUGGAGGAAAAGGCGGAUAAAUUGGUCAAAACUUACAGGUAAGGUGGAAUAAGCUAUAAAUAAUUUGAGGGUAAAAUACGUUGACCAUUGAUAGUCAUACAUUCAUAUCAUUGUCGAAGAAAAUUUGCAAUCGGUUCAAACUGUCGGUCAUAGAUAGGUUUCAACGUAUUUAUGUUUGAAACAAUCCACCAAAAACGUUGUUUUGCGCAGUGGAGCGUCUUGACCUCUAGUAUAACAAAACCUGACUAUAACGAACAAAUUCAGAAGGCUGAUUCAGCUGAUUAUAAAGCCAAAACAACCCUCCGUAAGACACUUCUAGAACAAAUGAAGCGUUGGUUCUUUAAUAUUCUUUGUACGCAUCUAGGUUUGACUGUACUUUUAUUGCAACUUGUUAUACUUGUUUUAUCCCACAAGUCAUAACAUACAUAGUCUAUGAAAGGAUGGACUCUUAGAACUUAUUUCUACAUAUUUCUAUACAGCUUAUGUUGUUUUAGCGGCGGUCAAAAGCGUCGUAUUUCGAUUGCCUGCUGUCUCAUGUCCGGCUCCAAAUUCCUCGUUCUGGACGAGCCCACUGCUGGUGUUGAUCCCGCCACUCGUCGCCACAUUUGGGACCUUCUGAUCGCAAUGAGAAACCAGAACAAAGCAAUUCUUCUCACCACCCACUCCAUGGAAGAGUGUGAAGCACUUUGCACGAGAAUCGGCUUUCUUCGAGCCGGAAGGCUGCGAGGAAUCGGCAGCUCGCAACAUCUCAAGUCCCGCUAUGGCAACUCGUACAUCUUGACGUUGAUCUUGAACGAUCCCGGCCAAGCGAACGCCGCUUUCGUGGAUGAUGCGGUCCGAAAAAUGUUCGACGUUGCGGCGACGGACUCAUCGCCCGAACACAGCGCGCUCUCGUGGACGUUGCCCAAGAAAGCGGGCUCUUAUUGGAGUCAAAUGUAUGGAGAUGUGGAGCGAUUUGUGAACGAGGUCAACCGACAAGCCGGAGUUCAGUUGAUCGGCGAUUUCUACUUGAUUCAAGACUCUUUGGAACAGGUGUUUACGAGGUUAGCAACGUUGGAGGAGAGUCAAGUGGAACAGCCGGCGGCAAUAGUAAGUUGAGGGGUUUUUUACAAUCUUCGAAGAUAGAAGAUCUUCUAUAUAAAGUUGUUUGUCUCGUCCCAUGUCUUCAGAAAAUUCUGUUCUCAUGAGUAAAAGUCGAGGAACUUAUUAUAAUACUUACAAAGCUUUAUGUGUUUAGAAAUUGUGGCACAAUGACACCCGUUUAAGACGUGCCAGUGGUAUAACCAACCGCUGCAGUGACGGCUUCAUCCAAUGGAAAAAAACGUACCAUUUUGCAUUCGGGAAAUAUCAAAAAACAUAGCAAAAUGCCUCCCUUUAGAAAUAAAAAAAAAUCUGUCUUGAAGCCGCGCUUUUGGAAUUGGAGUUUUUUUUUCAUUUUGAGAGGGAUGUAUUUUGCUACAUUUUUUGAUACUUCCCGGACGCAAAAUGGUGCUUUUUCGCCACUGUAUGUAUGGCUAGGAAUACUCUCCAAAGAACCUCGAGAAAUCUCCUAGCCUUAUACGCGGUGUUCCGGAAAAUAUGCCGGAAUGUUUUGCCAAUUUCUUGGCACUCCGUGAAGACAUCCAAAAAAUCCUUUUGCAGAAUAUAGAAGAAGAUGGGUGGUUUUUUGCCCAAAAGAAUCCCUUCCUCCGCCAACGCAGAAAGUAAUCUAUUCGAGAGAGUUUUGACCGGUUUUUUGGUCAUCACACCAGUUUUGUAGUGAUUGCCGAAGUGUCCAAUGUAUCCGAGUGUAUAUGUAUAUGUAUGUUGUGAAAGUCCGGUAAAUGUUCGCUGAUGGCUGUAUUAUGUUUCUACUUUGCUUUUGUAUAUGUUACAUCUGUUUUAAGAACUUUCUGAUAGUGUUCUUUUUGUCAUCAUUUCCUUUGUGCUGACUGCCAACCUUUCUCGAAGUGGUAGAGCAUAAAACGGCAAAUAUGAGUAUGGUUUUCGACACGGAUUUUGUUAACUAAAUAAAGAAGAUCACUAUAAUGAAAAAAAUUAACAAAACGCAAAUUUUAACUAACAAAAACCGCGCCAAUAAAUCCGCCGGAUAAUUAUGCAUCAACCUAAUACGUAUUUUAAAAAUUUCAGCUCUGUAUUUCAAUUUUCCGCCAUUUUCAUUAAUUUUCUCUGUCCUACAAUCUUCCAAACAUGGUCUUAUAUAUUUUUAUUUUCAGUUCCCACCUCCCCCUCCGUACAACCAAGCAGCGAACGGAGCGCCCCUCGCCUCCGCUCCGGAUCCCUGGGCAUUGGAGCAGCCACAACGGCCGGCUCAAGACUCUCUGCAUUUCUAA